CAGUUUCAGGUGGUUUUGUUUUUCUUCUUUUGGGGUGUGCGUGUUUUUCUUUUGAUUUUUGAAAGAGAAAAAUGGGAAGGGGUAGGGUUCAGUUGAAGAGGAUAGAGAACAAAAUCAACCGCCAGGUUACGUUUUCCAAAAGGAGAGGUGGGCUUUUGAAGAAAGCUCAUGAGAUCUCUGUGCUUUGUGAUGCUGAGGUUGCUUUGAUUGUCUUCUCUCACAAAGGGAAGCUCUUUGAGUACGCCACAGAUUCUUGCAUGGAGAAGAUACUUGAACGCUAUGAGAGAUAUUCUUACGCCGAGCGACAGCUUGUAGCUACUGAUUCUGAAUUACAGGGUAACUGGACCAUGGAGUAUUCUAGACUCAAGGCUAAGGUUGAGCUUCUGCAAAGAAACCACAGGCACUAUUUGGGAGAAGAUCUGGACACAUUAAGUUUCAAGCAGCUACAAAAUUUGGAACAACAGCUUGAUACUGCUCUUAAACAGAUUCGAUCAAAAAAAAACCAACUCAUGUAUGAGUCAAUCUCAGAUCUUCAGAGGAAGGAAAAGGCAAUACAGGAACAGAAUACCAUUCUAGCAAAUAAGAUCAAAGAGAAGGAGAAAACUGUGGCGCAGCAGGCCCAGGCGCAGGCACAGGCACAGGCACACUGGGAGCAGCAAAACCAUGGUCCAAAUGGAUCAUCAUCAUUUAUGCUACCACAGCCACUUCCCUGUUUAAACAUUGGGGGCACCCACCAUGAAGAAACGCCAGAAGUGAGAAGGAAUGAGCUCGAGCUCACUCUUGAACCAAUUUAUUCAUGUCACCUUGGAUGCUUUGCCACAUGAAGUGAAGGAAGAAAGACACUUCUAGCUGGGUAUAUAACUUUGGUUUCAUUUUGAAUAUGGAACAUAUAUAUAUAUAUAAAGUUAAGGUUUCUAAUCCUUGUGUACUACCUGUGGUUUCAUCCCUAUUUUGAUGACAUGAAAAAUGUAAUAUUAUUGCUUUCUGCUUGUUGGGACUCAACUAAUAAGGAAUUUGAACUUCGGAACUGUUCUCUCUAUUGAAAUCAAGUAUAAAUAUUUUGUACUUCUCAGGUGUAUAUAUCUGGAAGAUUUGACC